CGGGGCGGGAGGGGACCGCGGCGGGACACCCGGGCCGGGAGCCCGCGGGCAGCCACCGCAGCGUCCUCGCUGGGCCGCCACCACGGGGUCCGGAAUGAGCUUCACUCGGAAAAGGGGCUUCUACAAGCAGGACAUCAACAAGACCGCCUGGGAGCUGCCCAAGACCUACCUGGCGCCCGCGCACGUCGGCAGCGGGGCCUAUGGCGCGGUGUGCUCCGCCAUCGACAAGCGGACCGGGGAGAAGGUGGCCAUCAAGAAGCUGAGCCGGCCCUUCCAGUCGGAGAUCUUUGCCAAGCGCGCCUACCGCGAGCUUCUGCUGCUGAAGCACAUGCACCACGAGAACGUCAUUGGACUUCUGGAUGUGUUCACCCCUGCCUCUUCCCUUCGGAACUUCCAUGAUUUUUACCUGGUAAUGCCCUUCAUGCAGACAGACCUGCAGAAGAUCAUGGGGAUGGAGUUCAGCGAGGAGAAGGUCCAGUACCUGGUGUACCAGAUGCUCAAAGGCCUAAAGUAUAUCCACUCAGCUGGUAUCGUUCACAGGGACCUGAAGCCGGGCAACCUGGCCGUCAAUGAAGACUGUGAGCUGAAGAUCCUGGACUUUGGGCUGGCCCGCCACACAGACGCUGAGAUGACUGGCUAUGUGGUGACCCGCUGGUACCGGGCCCCUGAGGUGAUCCUCAGCUGGAUGCACUACAACCAGACAGUGGAUAUCUGGUCCGUUGGGUGCAUCAUGGCAGAAAUGCUGACCGGAAAGACACUCUUCAAGGGCAAGGACUACCUGGACCAGCUGACCCAGAUCCUGAAAGUCACUGGGGUGCCAGGUGCCGAGUUCGUGCAGAAGCUGAAAGACAAGGCGGCCAAAUCCUACAUUCAGUCCCUGCCCCAGAGCCCCAAGAAGGAUUUCAAGCAGCUCUUCCCACGCGCCAGCCCGCAAGCUGCCGACCUGCUAGACAAGAUGCUGGAGCUGGAUGUGGACAAGCGUCUGACCGCUGCUCAGGCGCUGGCUCACCCCUUCUUUGAACCCUUCCGGGACCCUGAGGAGGAGACAGAGGCCCAGCAGCCGUUUGACGAUGCCUUAGAACAUGAGAAACUCAGCGUGGAUAAAUGGAAAGAACAUAUCUACAAAGAGAUCUCGAACUUCAGUCCCAUAGCCCGGAAGGACUCUCGGCGACGAAGUGGCAUGAAGCUGCAGUGACUGUCCAGUCUGACCUGCAGCUGAGCCUGGGAGUGUGACAGGGCCAAACUCCAAUAUUUUUUUUGUCACUACUUAUGUCUCAAGGUUUAUAGGAAUGUAGUCUCCUGAACCAAGAGGAGAAUCUUCAGAUGGCCUAGGGGGUAUUUGGGGGUGCGGGGAGCUGCCAUUAUAGCAGGCUGUAUUAAAACAAAAAUGUGGGUGAUUGAU